AUGCGCCUGAUCCAGAACAUGGGGACCAUCGCCGAGUAUCCCCAGGCGGAGAGCGCCAGCAGCGGAGACGGCUGCGCCUCCGGGCGCCCCCGGCUCAUCAAGAUCGCUGUGGUGGGCGCCAGCGGGGUGGGCAAGACCGCCCUGGUUGUGAGGUUUCUCACAAAGAGAUUCAUUGGAGACUAUGAACGUAAUGCAGGUAAUCUGUACAGCAGACAGAUUGAAAUUGAUGGAGAGCUGUUUGCAAUUCAAGUGCAAGAUACACCUGGAGUACAGAUGCACAGACACAGCCUGGAUUGUAAUGAACAGCUGAACAAGUGCCUUCGCUGGGCGGAUGCAGUUGUAAUCGUCUUUUCGAUUACCGAUCACAAAAGUUAUGAACUCCUUGGCCACGUCCACCAGCACAUACGGCAGGUGCAUCCCGGAAAUCGCGUGCCCGUCGUUAUUGUAGCCAACAAAGCCGAUCUGCUCCAUGUUAAAGAAGUAGAACCACAGCACGGACUUCAGCUGGCCGGCCUGCUGGGCUGUAAUUUCUACGAAGUGUCUGUCAGUGAGAACUACAAAGAGGUAUUCUGUGCCUUCCACAGCUUGUGCAAAGAAGUCAGCAAGCGGCAAGCCACGGGCACCCCAGAGAAACGGAGGGGUUCUCUCAUCCCGAGGCCCAAGUCGCCCAACAUGCAAGACCUGAAGAGAAGGUUUAAGCAAGCUCUGUCAGCCAAAGUGAGGACCGUUACGUCUGUCUGAAAGGUUGAACUGGGUGGAUGAAGGGUCUUCAUGCCUCCUCAGCGGCCAUUAGGUCCAAUUCUGGUACAU